CAGCGCCCCUGCGCCUUCCCCCGGGCGGCCCCGCGCUCCGCCUCUUCCGGUCUGGCCGCGCGCGGAGCAGCAGCGAGAUGCCCGGGGUGACGGUGAAGGACGUGAACCAGCAGGAGUUCGUGCGGGCGCUCGCCGCCUUCCUCAAGAAGUCGGGGAAGCUGAAGGUUCCCGAGUGGGCGGACACGGUGAAGCUCGCCAAGCACAAGGAGCUCGCGCCCUACGAUGAGAACUGGUUCUACACCCGCGCCGCCUCCACGGCGCGGCACCUGUACCUGCGCGGCGGGGCGGGCGUGGGCUCCAUGGCCAAGGUGUACGGGGGGCGGCAGCGGCGCGGCGUGCGGCCCAGCCACUUCUCGCGGGGCUCCGGCAGCGUGGCGCGGCGCGUGCUGCAGGCGCUCGAGGCCCUGCGCAUGGUCGAGAAGGACCAGGACGGGGGACGCAAGUUGACCCCCCAGGGCCAGCGGGACCUCGACAGGAUCGCGGGGCAGGUGGCAGCCGCCAGCAAGAAGCACUGAGGAGCUGAAUAAAACGUGUCUGGAGCGACUGGA